CAAAUAAUUUUGUGAUAACGUGAGAAGCACACUUGACGGUUGUGAUCAUGGAGGUUUAGUGACAGUGUACACGACUAAAUGUGUUGACAUAAUAAUAUACACCCUACAGGAGCCUUGAAAGGAACGGCUAUACAAAGAUAAUGGUUGCGUGAUAUGAUAUACUUAUUUACUUUAACGACUUAGCAAGUGAAAGACUCGCCCGCAUAACAGUAACAAUACGGUCUAAUAUUAAAUGCACCAAAUUCGAAAAUAAUUUCGAUGAUCCGUGGGUGCACCUAAGUGCUUACAUAUAAAAUCGGAAUCAAGGCUUAUCGUUCAUAAAUUUAAACAGUAAAGAUGAGAAUUCUCGUGUUUGUGUUAAUUAUGAGUUAUAGUUCUGCAAGUCAACUCAUUUCCUUUGAUGUCGUCGAUGAGUUGUUAGCUAAAUUUAUGAAGAAUGCAUUAACGCCAGAUGAGAAAAUAAUUCUUCAGGAUGUUUUCGUGAUCUUACAAAGAUCCGAAUAUGCUUCAAUUGAAUCGUUUGAAAAAAGCAGUGGAAGCAGAAUGAGUCUUGAGUGUUUAGUUUGCCGAAGUGCAUUUGCAGCUGCAUUUCAAGGACUUGAAAAUGGUCAAACUGAUGAAGAAAUUACUGAAGUAAUGACUACGCUAUGUGUUUCCAUUGGCAUUCAAACUUAUAACGUCUGCAGAGGCGCUGUCGCUUUAAACGUGCCGAUUAUCUCUUACAUUGUAAGAAACGUACCUGCAGCAACCGCAGCCGCAUUUUGUGGUUUAGUGUUUCAAACAGCACACAAUCCAAAUGCGUGUCCUUUUCAAGACACUAGGUUUGACUGGCAAGUAGAACUACCGGAACGACCCACCGAAGUAGCAACCCCAAUUUAUGACUCGAAACCAUUAACAAUCGCAAUCAUCACGGAUGCUCACAUCGAUCCACUGUACGAGGCAUUCGGCGUCGCCGACUGUGACGAACCGACCUGCUGCAGAGUGGGCCAGAACCCGGCCAGGAACUAUAAACACCUAUCGAACGUAGAAGAGUCCAUUAUAGAACAAAGUAUAGUUAAUAAAAACGGAAAUCUGUCUUUAGAUUUGGGCAUGGUUCCUAAGAUUAAAGAAUUAAGAAAGUCCUCUCAAACAAAAUUCACUCCCAGAAAUUCCCCACCGGCUGGUUACUGGGGUGACUAUCGCAAUUGUGACUCUCCUAUAUGGGCCUAUGAUGAUGUCAUCGAAAGAAUUGCUGAAACCCACAAGAAUGUAGACGUGCUAUAUUACAUUGGCGACACGAUAGAUCAUGGUGUAUGGGAGACAACAUACGAGUUAAUUAAUAAUAUAAACCGCUACUUCAUUGAUAAAAUAAGGAAGAGUUUUGGCGAUGAUGUUUUAGUUGUUCCCGUGCUUGGAAAUCAUGAAUCACAACCGACUAAUCAGUUUGCGCCAUCAUCAGUGCAAGAACCCUAUCUGAAUACAACGUGGUUGUAUGACGCUAUAGCAGAAAAAUGGGGCUUCUAUUUAACGGACAAAGCCAAGGAAUUGAUAAGGGAACGCGGCGAAUUCUCCAUUCAAGUUCGACCUGGACUAAGAGCAAUUGCUUUAAAUAACAAUGUCGCUUAUAAAUACAAUUGGUGGCUUGUGUAUGAUCCGUUAGACGCUAAAAAACACCUGGAUUGGUUAGUUCAAGAGCUAUAUGAAGCAGAAAAAGCCGGAGAAAAAGUUCAUAUUCUUGCACACAUUCCGCCGGGAGUACACGACCUUUCACACACAUGGACUAGAGAAUACAAUAGAAUUGUCAACAGAUUCUCGUCGACUAUCGCGGCAGAAUUCAACGGUCAUACACAUUCUGACGAGUUUAAAAUAUUCUACGACAGUGAAGGUAGACCGAUCAACAUGGCGUGGGGCGGUGGCAGUGCAACUGCCUACACUUUCUACAACUUGAACUACAAAAUCGCUGCAAUCGACACACAAACUUUCAUGCCAACUAAUAUAGUAAAUUAUGUGUAUAAUCUUACGGAAGCCAACUUAACUCCGAACAGAAGACCACAUUGGUUCCAGUUGUAUGAUAUGAAAAAUACUUUUGGACUUGACAAUUUAAGUCCUUCUUCAAUGAAUAAUUUAGUUCGCAGAAUGGUUACAACUAAUAGAGAAUUACUGGACAAGUAUGCGGCAUUUUAUUCAAAAUUAAGUGACGCUCGUUGGCCUUACUGUAAUACAGAUUGCAAACUCGAUAAUCUAUGUAAAACUGUGGUUACGGUUCUUUGGGAAAGACAGAGAUGUGAAGAAUUGAGAAGACUUUAUUUUCAAUCAUCACGCGGGAUAAAAUAAUGAGCAAUUUAAAGCCAUAGGUAUAUGAUCAACUACAUUAAUUAUAUGAAACCUAUAGCCAAAAUUUUAAAAUUUCAAACUUACAAAGCCACCACGAAAAUUUUAUUUGCAGAUAAGAUGUUUGUAUCUAGACCUGAUAUAAUACACUGUCUAAAUAAUAAAACAAUUACAUAUA